AUGGCUGAUACUAUCGAGCCCGUGGCUCGCCCACCGCCACCACCCAACUUCAACACACUUGCUGAGAUUCAGCAAGAGGCAGAGUCACCAACACCAGCACCUUUCAUCCGCCUGAUACAAUCUCCUGUUCCCCAAAGCGGCGACAUACCAGCCGCCACCUUCAGAGUACCUUGUCCAACACUCCUCCGACCGAGCAAAGAUCCAGCCCGCAAAAUCCAUCCAGUUUUUGAAGCAAAACUCCGAAACAACAUGCUGCCCGCUUUGGGCUUUGUCGAGCUGGCCAACGCAGGCGACGUCGCCGCCAACGUGUACAACUCGACACCAAUACCUAUUACCAUUGUGAUCUGCAUGAUUGCUGGUGGUACCGCCUGCUUCAGCCUGCUCUUCUUCCUCAUAUACGACGCGACUCGAAGCUGGAAAAACAUCUGUGGACUCAGGGUUGAAAGGCGGUUUCUGCAAGACCUACAAAAGGCCGAGGACGAGCAGCAAGACUUGGAAAAGAGAAGUGCCGGCGCAGGCAUUGCCCGUUCAUUCUCUGGCUCCCAUACCAGUGGUUCGAGCAAAGAAAAAAGAGCUGAUGGCGCUGCAAGGAACUGGGGCAGAACCCUGGCUUGCUUUCUCCAUAUUAACAACCAGGACCUCCGUUCCGAAAUUGCCUACCGCUUCGGCAUGGACAUUGUCAUCGGCGUCGGUAUACUGCUGGUCAGUGCUGGCACCUGGAUGGCCACCCGGGGCGAAGACCCCUAUCUUUUUGAUCUCUCUAACCUCCUCACUGGCUUCCUCGGCAACUCCCCACUCGCCUUUUACGCAGUCAUCAACAUGCUCUGGGCAGUCUACCUCGACAACGACCAACGCAAGAAAACACGCAUGGUCGCCUCAUCUCUCUAUUCCGACUUUCCCCCAGGACGUUCCUAUGUAGGCGACCGCCUCGAACACAUGGUCUCCACCAGAGCCAAUUACCUGCGCAUCCACUUCCUGCUCAACGGGCUACCUGGUCUGAUAGCAGGUGCCAUGUCCCUCGCUGCGGCAACGCAGUGGUGGGCUUAUGUAGUGCUGAUCCCUUGCAUCGUCAACUCGGUCAUGGCCAACCGGCUGUGGCGGCACAAAAUCGGCUAUGACCGGCCGUUCUUGACCAACAUCGAUCUAAAACCCCUCAGCCGGGACGAGCUGCUUGAAUCCCUACUCUUGGUGGAUAGCCGUCGGCAGAAUUUGGCCGCGACGAGGUGGGCGGCGAUCACGAUGCCGUUUUGUCCGUUACUGCAGUACAUUGUUCAGUUCAACCUCUUUGAGCAGUUUUGUCUCCGACUGCUGUCAAAGAACCCCGACAUAACCAGACGUUACUUCCAGGGUGAUGUCGAAAAUGAGCUGGGCGGGGGGACGGCAACGGUGACGAUUGAUGCGUACCAAGUGUUGAAACUGGCUGAGCUCGAGCCAUGUACAAGAGAUGUGGUCACCCAGGCCGCAAGGGACACAAUCUGGUUUGAUGCGAAACGUGGAUUGGAGUCGAGGGAGAGGUGGCUGAUUGAGAUUCUGGAGGUGUACCUCGUGCUGGGGGCGGUUGAGAAUGAUGGAGGCCGUGAUAUGCGGCCUUCAGCAUCGUCGUUUACAGAGAAGUCGGGGUCUGUCAACUCGCUGUCUGAACAGGAAGACGUCAAUGAGAAGCUUGAGAUCAGUUUCAGCAGAGAGUAA